AUGGACUAUUACACGCCCCAGCCAAAUCGUCGGCACAACCCCGUGGACAGCAUCUGCCGCAAACUGCAGACCAUCCAGUGGCGCGGUGACCGAGAGCCCAAUUCACCUUUCCAGAUUCCCAAGCUUUCCUCGAGCAGUUACGACAGCCCCCAGUGUGGCCUCAGGCACAACCUAGAAGCCAUCCUGAAGAAAGGGGCCCUCCACAGAGACGAAGGGGAAAGGGGAAAGGAGAGGUUGAAGGAGAAGAAGGGGAGAGGGAUGGGGAUGCCGAGCUCUUCAGCCUACCAAAGGAGCAGCAUGGGUCCCCCCGUCCCUCUGGCCACCCCUUCCACCCCUGCUACGCCAACUAACAUUACAUACACCAUCACUAGCACUCUGGGGGAGAGGAGAGGUGCAGAUGGGAGUGAUUUAAGACAGGUUAAGACAUGGCAGAGGUAUUGUUCAACACCCACAGGCCAGUCCAAAGACUCUCCUUACUUUACAUUUACUCAAGGACCUCAGUCGGUGCAGCCUGAGAAUGUGAGGCCAAGCAGGAGCCCACCCCUAUCACGUACCUUCACCCCGAGUCACAGCACCGUCUCCUACAACCUCAACUUCUGCUCAGCGGACACAACAAACUCGAUGGAGUGUGAGCUGCCGUAUCCAGCUCUGGUUGUGAAGAGACUGUCCAUGGGAGAUGGAGGAAGCUCAGUGGCCUCUGAGAAAAGGAAGGAUAAUAUGGCAGAAAUCAGCCUCAUUUGCGAGGAGAAUCUGCUUGAUACCAUCUUCCAUGCCUGUGAUACUCAGCGUCGAGGUAAAGUGUACGUGUCUCACAUUGUGGACUACCUGCGGCACACCACGAGUCGCAGCUCGGAAGACAGCGGACUGGAAGAGCUUUGCAACAUGCUGGAUCCAGAGCACAAAGAUGUCUCUAUUGACCUGGACACCUACCACGCCGUCAUGAAGGAAUGGAUUGAUGACUGCCGCAACAAUGGGGAAGAGCCAACAGAUGACAUGACUCAAGACUCAGUCAAACUCAGAGACAGCCUGUCUGCCAAGAGGUCCAUGAUGCUCAAUAUGACCUCAGGAAGCCUGGAGGCUUUUGGAGGGGAGGCAUCCAGAGCAGAAUUUGAAACAUCAGAGCUGGUGUAUUGUGUUGCUGACCUUCAAAUGAGUAACCAAAAGCUCCAGGAGGAGGUGAGGAAGAUGAAGCAGGUGGUGGAGGGCAUGGAGGACAGCAACCAGAAACUGGCAGAGGAGAAUGAGGAUCUACGCAACCAGGCCAGGGUUAACCAUCAGCUAGCCCAGAAGGAGAAGAUGCUGAAGGACGAGGUGGAGGAGAUGAAGGCUACUCUGAGCUGUACAGAGGAAGGCAGAGCUCGCGCCUCCGCACACAGCAAACACGUGGAGAGAGAGAACCAGAGUCUCAUUGCCAAGAUUGCUUCUCUUCAGGAAGAGAACUUCAAGGUCACCAUGGAGACAGACGAGCUUCAGAGGAGAAUAGCAGAGCUGUGUGACAUUAACGCUGACCUUCAGGUGCAAAUUCACUCUUUUGAUACUGUCGUUAGUGAAAAGGAAGCUGUGAUACUUGAGAAGGGCAGACAGAUAGAUGAGCUGAAGGCAGCGGUGGAGGAAUACUGCUCCAUCACAGAGCUAUUGAGAGCGGACAAGAGCAAGCUGGAGAACCAGAUGCAGAUGAUACAUCCAGACCUGGCUGGGGCUGGUCUGUCCCUUACAGUGGCCUACAGGUUGAACCAGAGCAGCUCAGGAUCCCUACAGACAGAACUGGCUCUGGCACAGUCACCACUGGAGGCUCCCCAUGGAGUUGACCAUUUGUCCACCACUAUGAGCUUUGCCUCUCCACUGGAUGAGACGCUGGACAGGGAAGUGUUGCUGAUGCUGCAGGGACCCAGUCCUGAACACAUGGCUCUGGAGUUCAAGCGCCUGUUAAACAAACUGAAAAGGGAUUUCAGGGACGAAACAGACUCUGUCUUAUCUACAGUUAGAGGCUUGUUGGAUGACCUCACACAGCCAGAGAGCAACACAGACACCGGUCUUCAGACGGUGCAGGCCGAGCUGGACGCGAGGAGGGCAGACUGGGCCCUCAGCCUGGACCAGCUGGCCCAGUACACAGACUCCCUGGAGAAGGAGCUGAUCAAAAUGGCCAGUAACAUGAGGAGGUCCCGCACUGAGAUCCUCCACCUUUCAGUGAGGGUGCAGGAGCAGGAGAACCAGAAGCGACAGCUGUGUGAGGAGCUGGAGCAGCUAAAGACGCCCCAGGACAGCAGAGAGGCCUCAUGCCAGACACCUGCACCAGAGGAAGAGGUUAGACAGGAAGGAAAUGGAGACUUGGACUGGGAUGAGGAAUUUGCCCUCCAAGACUUCCUGAAGAACGAGCUGGCGGAGAGGAAUUGCCGGGUGCAGGACGGGCAAACGGACAGCAGGCUUGAGGGUACGGUGGAUAAAUUAACAGCCAGAGGAGAAGAGGACGACGGGGAGGACAGGUGGAUGGUGGUGGAUACAGCAGGAGAGGGAGAGGUCAGGGACACGUCGACUCCUCUGUCUGCCUUCUCUGGGGAGGCCCAGGCUGGGCAAGCCGCAGUAAGAGAGGGUCAAGAUGCUGCAGUCUGCGCUGAGUCUGAGCCAGAGGUGAACUGUCAACCUUUGCAGGAAGAGGGAACAGUGCUAUUGAGCGCCCACUCACAAGCUGUCAGCAUUAGACACCCAGAGGCGGAUGCUCUCCCUGAUCCGUCCCACUCAGAGAACAAAGUCUCUGCAGAGUGUCACUCCGAUGGUGCAGCCCAAACGGUCACACCUGGUAAUCCCCCUCCCACAGCACCUGAGAUGGUUUCUCCUGACAGCACAUCACCUGGAACAGAUGAGACCAUUACCAAGAGUCUGAGCACUCAGCCGACCAGUGUGGACCACAGAGGAGCAGAAGAGAAAGAAGGCGAGGCAGACUCAAGCACAGGAGACAUGAGCCGUAUUAAGAGCCUGAGUCAGGACCAGUUGGCAGACAGAUCAGCAGCGGAGGACAGCACGAGCCUGCUACCUGUGUUGGUGGAGGAGGAGGAGAGUGUGCAGGACAGCACAGCUGAGGCUUCAACAGUAGCGACCAGCAUGGCAGGGACAGACCGGCUCAACAGCAGCGGAGCAACCACCUUAUCUAACAGCAGCUCUCCUCAGUCGAGAUCGUCCUUCACACAUGCCAGCCAAUCAGGGAGCGGCAUGGGCAGCGUGACCUCUGACCCCAGCCAAUCGGAGGAUAACACAGCCAAAAAGGACUCCAGCAAAAAUAAGAGGGAACUGGAGCUUUCACACGGCAUGGAGGCCAUCGAGGAGAACAAGGUUCAGGAGGACCAGAGUGAGACCAGCAUGACCAAUGGGAGGGAAUCUGACACGUCAAUGAUCUCUGACACCAAUGACAGCUUUAAAGAGGACAGAAACAGCCUGUCACCUACUGACAAGGAGAUUGAGGCAGAGUUUCAGCGUCUGGCACUGGGCUUCAAGUGCGACAUGUUCACCCUGGAAAAGAGACUCCGACUGGAAGAGAGAUCACGUGACCUGGCUGAAGAGAACGUCCGCAGGGAGGUGUCCAGCUGCCAGGGUUUACUGCAGGCUUUGACUCCUCUAUGUGAGGAUGACAACCAGUCCAUGGAGAUCAUCCAGAGGCUCCAGAAGAACUUAGAUAUCCUCACCCAGUCCAUGACCAGGGUGUCCAGUCGCUCUGAGAUGCUUGGAGCUAUUCACCAGGAGAGCCGUAUUGGUAAGGCUGUGGAGGUGAUGAUCCAGCACGUGGAGAACCUGAGGAGGAUGUACACCAAGGAGCACGCUGAGCUGCUGGAACUGAGAGAGACACUCAUGCAGAAUGAGAGGUCGUUUGGAUCACACAGUGAAAGAGAUGACUUCCGUGGCAAGAAGCAGUCAUCGUCACAGUACUACAAGUCAUCAGCCCGGCGGGUCAGCAUAGCAGCUAUCCCUCGCUCUGGUGCAGGCAACAUGCACUUUGAUAUGCCCAAAACACAAGACGGCUCAGAGGCUGAAACGGAGAGACUGACCAGGCGAUCCCCAUGGACUGUGGCAGGGAAGAGCACGGCACGCCCUCCACUAAAACGCUUUGUUAGCUCUGCGGCCUGGGUUGACACUGAAGAGCCCUCUCUCAUGAUGAAGGGGACGGCCUGCGACAACACCGACUGCCAGUCGGGGGACGAGCAGAAGGAGGAGCCGGUGGCAGAGAGGAGGAGGUCCAGCCUCAGUGAGCUGGGCAACAAACUCACCUCCCUCAUUCUGCCCCUUAAGACUCCUAGCCCUUCCUCCAGCCCUACGUCUACAGACCCAGGAAUGGCCCAGUCUCUGUCCCAUAGUCUGACGUCCUCCCGAGCAGCCGCAGCAGCAGCUGUAGCCAGAGGUGGCAGGGGGCUCUGGCUUUGGUUGGCCAUGGUGGUGGUGCUGGCAGGUCUCCUGGCACUGCUGGCCAGCCUGGUGAUGCAGCCAGCAGUGGAUGCUGCCCCUGUGGGGACAGGGGACUCUUGGAUGACCAUCCAGCAGCUGCUGUGGCCCUACGCAGGGCUCCGGCACAACGGGCAGCCCCCUGUCUAGCUCCUGUGACCUGGGAUGGAUGGUGUUAUUGUCCAUCAGCCUUCUGCAGAAAUUGUCUGUGCACUGGGGUGGUGAUGAGGAAAGGACGGCGCACCACUCCUGGGUGGAGGCCAUUUGGAUGUUUAUUGGUGCCUGAAGAUUCCUAAAAAAAGACUUUGACAGCACUGGCCAGUCCUCAGGGGAUAGUUAACCCUAUAGAGGAUUUUAUACAUCACAUCACGUUUGCUAAAUUAGUUAGUCUGUGUGUGUGAAUGCGUGUGUCUGUGUUUUAAGAGAAGAAGCAGUUACAGGGGGUGGCAACCAAUGUUCUUCACAGUGGGCUGCUCAAAAUCUUUUAACACAUUAUGAUGCAGUUUUACUAUCAGUGCUGCUGGCAACUGUCCACCUGGACCCAACACAAUAUGUCAAAUCACUUUUUUUCAGUCAUCAGAGCUGACACAAAGCUGACCAAUCAUGUCACAGCUUAAUCAGAAUGAUAGAACUGUUCUACCAAGUCGUACAAUGGGCCACAGUGCAGUUUUCCAUUGACAAACAUCAUGGAUAAUGGCUGAUUGCCACGUGGCUUUUUAAACACAUUUCAUGCACUUGAGGACACACGGGACUGCCAGCCUUUUUAAAUGGAAUUUUCCAUUCCUUUCAUUCCUUUCUUUUUAGUCUCUAAACACUGGUAAUAAAACUUUGAUUCAAAGUGUUUUGUUUUUUUUAAGUGUUUUUGAAAUCUAUAUUUAUGAGUUUGUUAGUUUUGUGUGGGGAGAUGUGAAUAUGUUUAUUUUUUGUUAAGUUAUAAUUCUACAUUGUUACAGUCUUAACACCAAAGGGUUUUUUUUUUUUAAAUGUUCCUCUAAGUUCUUGCUGUGAUGGUCACCGUUUUCAACUUCAUACACUUUUGUAUGUUCCAAAGAAGAUGCGUGAAACUUUGCACAAAUAAA